AUGACUUCCUUCUUCACAGUCAACAACAACGUCUCGCUCGUCAGCAUCACUAUUGCUCCAAGCACGUAUCUUAUCACUGUUGCUCUGCUUCUUCUCUUUGCCAUUAUUUACGUCCCCCGUCUUUUGGCUUGCCGAUUUCCUAAUCUGGGCAUACCGUUGCCAUCGCUGGCUUCAAUAUUAAGGCCAAUACUUGGAGACCCAACAGGCAGUCAAAGACAGCCAACCAAACCUGAAAAGGCUCUCCCGGAGCCACCAUAUGCCGCCACUGGACUUGUAUUCGAGGAUCAGCAGCAACUUGUCAUCUCUGGGCAGGAUAUCGUCCUUGCGCAGCGCCGCCAUUACCUCCAACAACAACAACUAGCUCAACAACAGCGACUUCUCCUCGAGAAGCAAAAACAACUUGAGUUUCAACAAGUAGAAUAUCGUCGUCGUCGGGAUUCACACCAGGACUCAUCGCCAUCAAAAAGACCUACCGACAAUGGAUCCCCUCGAAGGUCUAGACGCCAGCUUACAGGACUUCGAUCUCCCACCAAGUCCAUCGCUGCCCCAUCACUCAGCUCACCGCAGCGAAGCAGCAAUGACAGAAGGGGAUCUCGAGGAGUCGGAGACCGCUUCCGCGAUGGCUUCUGGAGAGCAUCUCAGGACUUUAUGCACCGAGGGAUGAGCACGCUCAGGGAAAGUUCCCCUGAACUGGAUGACAGUGAAGACGAUGGCGUCCUAGAGAGAGCCAUUCAGACAAGGCUGCCCAGAGGGAGCCAGAGUCCAGGCAAAGGCAGGAGUAUGAGCCCUGAGAAAACGGAUGACCCCACGAUUCAGUUUCAGCUCCACGAGAAGACAAGUCCUUCAGGAGAGCUGAGAUUGCACGAAGCGACACCAGAUAACUACAUCCGCUUUGCCGUCCGUGCCGAAGUUCAGCAUCGCACUGAACCUAUUGAGACAGCCAUCAACUUCAUACGUGAUCACUACAAAGCUCUUACUAGGACAUGGUCAACAACUUUCACCACCAUCAUCAUUGCCUUCUUCUCUGUCUCCAUCUUCAAGUCUCUCUUGCAGCCCGCUGCCCCACGUCCAGUUGGCGAUCUUGUGAAAGUUGCAGGACUAGCUCGGUCAUUCGAACCCCUCAUCUAUUACUCUGAGCAUGCCGUCUCCCAAGUACAUGAUCUACAGGCGACCAGCGUUGCUGUCUGGGAUCUUGGUGAGAGUGUGCGUACAAGUGAUAUGCGCGAUGCUCCUAGAAUCGUGGCAGACCUAGAUGCUCUCAGUGAGACUAUGAAGACCUUGGCCAUUGAGAUGACCAAAUUCUUUGCUAGAGUCGAUGGUGAUAUUGAUGGCAUUCUCAACGUCAUGGAUUGGGCCAAAAUGCACCUCAACCGCCUCAAAUCAUCCCCUUCCCCUUCAACUAUCUCCUCAGCCUACGACAACAUUCAUAAUCUUCUCUCCCAAGCACAUGUCCUUGAGGAUGCCUCCGGCUCUCCUACCACCCUUGGUCGCUUGGCCAGCCACAUAUUUGGCCUCUCGAAUCCGCAAAGGGAGCAACGCAUGGUGCAGCUCCUCUUCACCGAAUUUCUUUCUGUCCUUGAAGACUCAAUCCAAGCUGAGCUACAACAUAGCGUCACCCUAUUCGCCCUUUUUGAAGCUGUGGAUCAUCACUUCCUGAAUCUUGCCCGCACUGUUGUUCGCGAAUCGUCUGCUCAGGAAGAACUUCAUGCCGAUAUGCUUUCGAGCCUCUGGACACGACUCCUUGGUACAAGAGCAGCUGAAUUACGUAAAUUUGAACAGAAUCGUCUGUUGUUACGUGAUGUCCGGGACAAGACAGUGCGCAAUAAAGGCAUUCUUGUUGAACACAACGGCAAACUUUUGACUUUGAAAGCGUCCCUAGAAACUCUUCGCAGCAAACUCGUCUCGCCUCUUGUUCGCGGUGUCAACUCUACAACACUCACAUUAGAGGAUCAGAUUCAUGGUCUUAGCGAUGUGAGCGAUUACCUCGGGGAUGUCAGAAAACAGCAGAAGGGUAAAGUCAUGGAGACUCUGUUUGGUAGCGUACCCAGCAAAAAGUAUGCAAUCGAAGACAGGCCCGGCACUGUUGUCGUAAAUCCCCUCUGA